AAGGCACAUGAAGCACGAGGCAAAACAAAAGUGACGUCAUAAUCCUAUUCAGCAGAAUAUCGGGAAGGAGCGUGGCGGAAAGAAGUUCUGCGAAGAGAAUGCCAAAUACAUGAUAAAAAAGCUUCCUGUGUUGAAAGUAAAAGGAAAAAGUAUUAAGGCUUCAAUCAAGAUGGAAUUUGGACAUAGAGAGUUUCUUUGGUGAAAGUGAAAUAUCAAUUAUUGGUAUACAAAACAGAUGAAAAAUGGGAAACUCGUCAAACAAAUUCAAGAAAGCAUUGCAAGAAGGGAAUGAAGUUGUAGCAUGCCAACUAUAUUUACAAAAUCCAGACAUCAGAGAACGAUUAGAUUUGAACAGUCCAAAUAAAGACAGCAUUCACCACAACACACCACUUCAUUAUGCAGCCAAAUACGGUAUGAAAUCAUUAUUAAAAGAUUUUCUUCUACGAGGUGGAAAUCCCAACAAACAAAACUCAUUAGAUCAAACUGCAUUGCAUAUGUUGAUGAUGGCACCAUCUGGUACGAUGAAAAGUGUCGAUCAAAGGCGACUUGACUGCCUUCAUAUGCUUUUGAAAUGGAAUGGAAAAGCCGCAAAUGAUAGAGUCAAGGAGAAGCUGAAGCUGGAUGCAACAGAUAAUGAAACGAAAACUGCGCUUCACAUGGCCGCUUUGUCUGGUCUUUCUUUGUGUGUUCAGAGUUUGGUUGCAAAUGGUGCUUCACUGUUUAUUGAAGACAAUCAAGGUUUGACAGCAUGUGAGGUGGCAGAGAAGGAACAACAUCAUGCUGUUGCGGCGUUCCUUGAGGCGAAAAUGGUCUUUAAUUUGCAGGAAGAUGUUGUUUUGGAUCCAGAAGAAGGAACCCUAGAUACCCUACAAGAUGAAGAGUAUUUUGGACUCUGUGCUCAAGAUCUCCAGGAAAUUAAAGAUCAAUUGAUAGUAGAAACAUCUGAUAUGCUUCAGAUACCGUUAUUCACCGCUGAAGGGCUCCUACGAAAUCACGAGUGGUCACGAGAACAGCUUCUUGAGGCAUGGAUGGAGGAUCCACCUGCUGCCUGCGAAAAAGCUGGCGUCAAAUUAUCUCAGGAUCAUAUUGCUUUAGAUGCUAUGAAAAACAGACUAAAUGGUGUUAAAAAAAGACCGGAAGUUUCAGGUGGUGAUAGCAAUACCAACAAGCACAAAUGCGAUAUAUGCGAUGAAAUUAUUUCAAGUGAUGAAAAUACCAUCGAUGUUCCCUGUGGUCACAUGUUUUGCAAGGAUUGCUGGGAAAGGUACCUUUCUACAAAAAUAGUCGACGGGGAUACCCUGAAUAUAUUAUGCCCAGGUCACGAAUGCAACAAGCUAGUGCCUGUGGAAAUCACGGAGAGGUUAGUGUCCAGGGACAUGGCAAAGCGAUAUUUGCAUUUUGAUAUUAAGGCCUUUGUCGAUACCAACCCUAAUUUGCGAUGGUGCCCGCAUCCAGGCUGUGGUCGCGCUGUAAAGUUGCCGUGUCUUCCAUCAACGUCACGAGGGAUUGAUUUUUCCACCAGUAACAAAGCGAAAUCAGUUGACUGUGGCCAAGGUCAUUAUUUUUGCUGGACCUGCCUUGACGAGGCUCACGAACCAUGUAAAUGUGAAGUAUGGCAGCAAUGGAAGAAAAUCGUGGAGGAAAUCAAUCCUACCAAGGCAAAUGAACAGUCAGAGGAAAGAGAGACGGUGGCUAAUGCUUAUUGGCUGAUAUCCAAUUCAAAAAAAUGUCCUAAUUGCCGGAGUCACAUCCAAAAGAACGAAGGCUGCAACCACAUGACCUGCGCAAAGUGUAAGCACGGGUUUUGCUGGGUUUGUCUGGAACCAUGGAAAAUUCACAGUGCAGAAACUGGGGGCUACUUCAGAUGCAAUCGAUAUGAGGUUGUUAAUACUGUUGAAGACAAUUAUGAAAAAGAGCAACGAAAGAUUGAGAAGGAACAUGAUGAAGCAGAAAGAAUAAACAGAUUUAUGCACUAUUAUACUCGAUGUAAAAACCACGAAAACAGUUUCCAGCUAGAGUCGAAACUUCUUAAUGCCGCACAGGAAAAAGCCACUGGUUUGCAAAAGACUGCUGCGGAGCUUGAUGAAGGGUGUGUCGUUGAUGUCAACUUUAUUGAAGAAUCGAUCAAAGAGCUUUUGAAAGCGCGACAGAUUUUGAAAGGAUCAUAUCCAUAUGGCUACUUUCUGGAAGACGUACGCGGCGAAAGAGCCGUCUUUGAAUCUUUGCAGGACGAAGUGGAACAGGCCACUGAGAUGCUAUCAGGAAUGGUUGCAAGGCAAUUUUUGAAAACACCGAAAAACAAAAUCAUUAGCGCUGCCCGUAAACUGCGACGCAGGAAGCGUGAAUUUCUCUCUGCUGUCGAACGAGGGCUGAUUCCUGAUGAUGAUGAUUAUGACUUCACUGGUUCAAAAUCGUUCCAGCAGAGUACUAGGCCACGUGCAAUUCAUAGACGGGAAUCUGGUGACGAAGACAGUUCCUUAUUAUGGAGUGAACUUCAAAGGCGACGCCAGAGAUCGCGCCAUCGCAAGACAUCAGAUACAUUAAAUUCAGACUCUGAUCAAGGUAGUUUGCCACUAGACAACGAAAUCCUUCACUGGCUAGAAAUGAUACGAUUAGAACUCAGGGAAGCUAAUUCUAGUGAUGGGGAUAGAAACAGACAGGGUGCAAUGUUUAAGCUUAGAAGGAGAGUUGAAGAAGCCUACCGCAAGCGAAAAAUGAAUUCAAAGAAGAAGAAAAGCAAGCACGGUGGACCUGAUGCUUAUCAGGAUAUCACCACUCCUGAGGCUGGCGGAGCAGGGGCAGGCACCAGCAAGGAUCGAACUGGCCGACCGCGAGUUCGAAAGGUCGUUCUGUUUACGGAUGAAAGCUCCUCAUCAGAGGAAGAACAUGGCUACGCAAAGAAGGCCUCUCGUGCAGAUGCCCCAGUAAUUGUCACUGAUGACAGCGAUAGUGACACUUCGGACUUUGGUGUGACUGGUCUUCAGGCUGCUGCGGCAUCCAUAGUUGCCCCCUCAAAGACGUUUGUAGCCCAAUUUGAUUACAAUUGUGAAUCGGCAAGUGAGAUAUCUUUAGAAGCUGGUGACGUUGUGGAAGUUCUUGAUCAACGGAAAAGUGGCUGGUGGCUCGGCCGAUGUAGAGGUAAAGAGGGGCUUUUCCCAGCAAGCUUUGUGGUAGAAAUUGACGCCGGACAGCCGAAUGAAGCAGCGCCCCUGGCUCCUGAUGUCCCUGCGGAACAGACGAACACAGAAGAACUUGACCAUUUGCUACAACAAGCUUUAGAGUUGUCACUUGCAGAGAAAUAAACGUGAGCUUUGUCGUUCCAAAGCUGCACGAUGCAUUCUGAUGGCAGCAUGCCCCAGAAAGUAGCGUAGAGAAUCUCGUAUUUUCCCAGUUUAUUGGUAUCUGCUAUAAGUGCGAUAGUGACAAACUAUUCAAAUUUUAGUUGCCUUUAAAACAAGGACCUCAUCAAGAGAGAUAUUUAGUUAUGCGAGGAAAUGGCCAUAAAAAGCAUACAAUAGCGAAUUCGCCAGGUUAAUCCGGUACUGUACAUUUCACUUCAAAGUAUCUCACUCAAAUAUACGUUGCAAAAAUGUUGGCACAUUUGCUCAAAGCACUGCAUACCUAUUUUGCCUUCUCAAAAGCGCCAUUCGACAAGGAAAUGAUCGCGGAUUCAUAAAAAUUACAUGAAUAAAUCCAUUAUUUGCUGUUUUGACCCCGGUCUUGACCAGCUCGACUUGGUGUCCUUAGACCUUGACGCCUAUAACCUUUGCACCUUUUCCAGCUUGUCCUCUAACCUCAAGACCUUUAAGCCUACCUCGAGGAUGUUACCUCAAAGAAGGCGGACAAGAUAGGGUAAGGCAACCCUCUAUGUUGAAGUCAAAAGCAAGGGCAUCAAACUACAAAAUUUUUACGCAUGCUCUUUGACCCAAGUCGGGGGACGAAUAAUUCAUAACGAUAGUCAAACAAGAUGAAAAUUUCUCGUCAAACUGACAUAUCUUCUUCAGCAAAUGUAGGUACAACUACCUAUAUUUAGCGUUGCUCUUCGCUGUGCGUAUUUCUCUAAACACAUUGUGUGCCUGAGGUUGUAUGCAUGUAAUAAAACUUAAAUUCUAUUAACUAAGACUUCAAUUAGUUUUGUAAUCUGUAAUUAAUUUUUAACUUUAAGUUAAUAUACUUUUCAAGUGACGAAAUUCUUUUGAGCUCUUCUAGAUUUUUAGAAGUAAAUUAAAUUUGUAAUAAAUUCUACGUUUUUUUAGUUAAUUGAUAAGUUUUUUUUUAAUUUAUCUUGUUAUUAUUAAGCAGAUACCUUUAGUGGGAAUGAUACACACUCAAAUUGACACAAAUAUUGAAGUAAGAUUUCUUUCAGACAUUUGCGAUUCCCGGCAGCAAUUUCUACACAUCAGCUUGCGAAAUAUGCACCCUGUUCUAAAGAGACGAAAUUUGAAAGCAUAAUCAAAUAAAGAAUAUUGGAGUGUAGAACAGAAUCUGUUUCUGAAAUUCUAAUUGAAUUUUUGUUUUAUCAACCAAAGAGUAUAUUUGCCAGAAGAAAGAAAUCUCAAAGAUUUUACUUCUCUCUUGUUUCGCGUGUGGCUUUUUUAAAAUGCUGCGUUUUGCAACCGUAUUGGUGUUAUUUAAUGCUGUUAAGAAAAUUGUAGUUUAAACGGGUACACCUCAAGCUUUUUCCGCUUUGGCGAUACCCUAAGUGUAGAAAAACUGUGAAAUUCCAGAAGUGAUUUUGAUAGGAAGGUACUUUUCUGUAGGGAUAGAAAGUCGAAAAUUAGAACUGAAAAAAUAGAAAAUCUUUGCACGAAAAAGACAAAUAAACGCCAUAAAGUAAUUUAUUUCACGACAGGCAGCCGAAUGUCUGCAAAAUAUAGAUUGCUCCACACCGCUUCGAAUAUAUAGUUGCAAGAAAAGCGAUUUCGGAAUAUCGCUUCCCAAUCUUUUUUGUUAAUUGAUGCGAAAUAUUGCAAGAAGCUGUGAUUUUACGUAAUGUGUUUUUAUUUUUAUGAAAUAAGUAUUUUAAAUUUCAAAUUCGUGAAUUAAGAACUUUUGACUUUUAAUUAUGUUUAAACAUACGUUCACUAGAUAUUUAGUGUACAAUUUCCUAUGCCGUUCGUUUCUUGAUUCAAGAAAUAAAAUUCUUUAUUUAUGACGUCACAAAAGACUAAUUUAACAAUUUUUGAAUUUGGUUUCCAUAGCCUGAGAGAUCAUCAUAAAAUACCCUUGAAUAUGGAAAAUUCAUUCAUAUUCAUAUUAUAAUCGAUCUCUUUUCAUAGCCUUAUGAACAGAGCCACGAUAACAGUAAUCUGGUAGCAUACUUGAAAUAUUUCGAACGCCAUAUCUCACCCUAUUUUUGACAUAGUUGAUUUUGCAUUCUAAGGCCUGGUUAAAACGUCGCACUUCUCAUGUGCCGAGCCUAACUCGAGAAUAAAGUACAUGAGGGGCGCGACGUUUGAAUCAAUUUGGUACGGCAGAUUUAGUUAGGAGUGGCAGAGUAGUUUGGAUCGACAGAGCUUGCCGAGCCACACGGCUCCAGCAUGGCACGGUUCCAGCGUCGAACUUGUCAUGUACCGAACUCAAUGCAUAAUUAUAUUUCAUUUAAUUUAUUUUGAAAAUUUAUCUCAUAACAUUGGAUUCUCGUCGCCGUUUUGCUUUGUUUCUUACUUUUAAACCAAGAUACUUCAUGUAACAAUCCUAAAACCCAUUUUGCGUGACAUAAUUAAGUUCGACGUUUGAAACGGGAGUCGCGGUAAACAUGCUGAAGUGUCGCUCCAAACAGAGUUAGGUUUGGCACAUGAGAAAUGCGACGUUUGAACCAGGCCUAAGGCUAGAUUUUUUACGUAAACCACACUUAAGAACUCUAUCAAGAAUCAAGUAACGAUUUAAAUUUCCCCAAGCAGCUAAUUUAUUUUAAAUCGGCUAUCGUGUAAAAGAAUAAUGACUUUAUGGAUGCAUCGGAAUAUGAAUUGUUGAGAAUGUGUGAAUACUUUUCUGUCAUUUGCUUCUUCAACCCCUCGGAUUUCUGUUUUAGGUUGAGACAGCCCUUUGUGUUCCCAUUUCCUAACGUUUUUAAAUAUAUUUGAUUUAAUUACAAAUAUCUAGAGACACACUUGGAUUUCAUAAUGGCCAUCAUUGGUGUAUUUUCAAGUUUUCUUUCCUGAUUGUUUUUCUUUCUAUAAUUUUCUUUGUAUGAUAUGUGGCAUAAUUUCUCAUUUUAAUAUAAAUAUAUAUGUCAAAGGGUUUUUCAUGCUGAAAUGCUAGACUAGUUAAUAAGAAAGUUGUAAUGACGUAGCGGUCCAAAUCAAACACGUGCCUCGCAAAUGGUUCGUUCUUGCAGUUUGCAUAAAAAAAUUAAAAAAUUAAUCGUCUGUCUAUUGAAGUUCUGCAAGCAAGGCAAUAAGAAGAUAGGCCAACGCCGAAAACAAGAAAGCAAGUUCUGUCAGGCCGGCGCUAAGGAUCAAUCUUCUUCAUGUUGAAUGGAGAUCAACCAUUAAUACGCACAGAAGUGAAUGACAUUGCUACAGUAUUUCCACAAAUCAAAAUUCCUCUUUUCAUGAAUAAUUCAAUGUCCAAAUGCACUGUGAAAUUACACUUACUUUUUGAGCCUCUGAAUUUGCUACUGCCUCACUUGACAGCGCUACAACAGAGAAAAGUGAGGCACUAGCGAAACAGAGGCUCAUGUGAAAUUAUACAGGUUCAAGCUCAUAGCUGGUUCACGAUAGUCUCGCUUCGAGGUCAAAGAAAAACAACCAUUGGACGUUGGAGCGGUUGCAGCGAUAAAGCGUCAUAGAAAAUGCCCGAAUCCCGAGGAAUGAGUAAAGAAUUUCAGACUGUUUCGUGGGCAUACUCUCUCCAUACCUCCGAUCUACCAACAACUAAAGCCAAUAGAAAGGUAGGAAGCAUAUAAUUCGACGCAUUCUUUUUUUUGCUUUUAGAAUCUUUGACCGUCACAAAGAGACCCUUUUUAUUUGUAUCCUGCCAUUUGAUAUUAUAUUAUAAAUGCAGAUAGGCUUGAAGCAAUUCCUUUGAGUUUCCUAAUAAACCUAGAAACAUUAGUCUAUUCUUUUCCAUUAUUCGAGCGCCUUUUUUGAAUUCUUUCAUCCUCUUGUAUGUGGAUAUGAGUGUUGGGAUUUCCAGCUACUUUCUGCUUGUGCGCAACCUUGGUUUUUUAACA